AUGUUUGGCUGGGGUUCUGGGCUGGCCUUGCCUUCCGCCACUUCGGAGCCGGAGAAGGAACGCAGACCCCCCGCUGACCCGACACCUCUUGAUUUCCCUGUCUACAACCUAUCCAGUGUCCUCGAAAAUGAGUCGGAGUCAAGACUCAAAGAGAUGGCUGAGCUACUGGCCGACAUCAAACGCCCACAGGACAUCUGCGAGGAGCGCUUUAAGCCGUUGAACCUGCAAUUGGAGGAAGGCGUCGAAGUCGCCCAGAUGAUCCCCGAAGACCACUCGCACCCCCUCGCCCCCUUGCCAUGGGAAGAUACCACUGAACCGACGGAAGACAACUCGCGACCGUUGAUGGACAACGGAGCCCCGUAUCCCUCGAAGGAACGAUACGAAGUCCUGGAAAGAGAGCUGGCGUUAGAUAAUGACGACUCUUUCCGCGAGGUGGCUCGACUGCCGCCACGUGAGGGCCGCAGCCGGGUUCGUAUAACGCAGUCGAGGAAGUUCUGGACGGGAUUGGAGCGCAUGGCUCAAUACUGGGACACUAGCCUAGACCAUUACUACGAGCGUCCGGCAACUCCCGAUCCGACGCCCCCAUCUGAGAUGGAGCGGGCAGAGGAUGGCGCGACUCAGAUGGAUGCUGAGGAGUCCAAGAUCAGACACUCUCUGACAGAUGAUGCAAUGGACCUGGAUAAUGCACAGGCAGCCGCACCUUCGAGCAACGGCAUUGUUAGCGAGAGGCAGCGGCCCUCUGUCCCUGUAUACACCGGCCGCCGAAUUGGCAAUGGGGCAGAAAUGCCCGAUGAAAUACGCGAUGAGACAAUUCGAGCAUUUGUGGAGAUGGCCGCAUGGCCAUUCGGAUGCCAGGUCACGGUCCCCACCCUCCAACCACGAUUGACGACCAAGAACCUCCUGUUCCCUGUUCGGCAAACAUUCCAGUCCUCACGGUCCCCGCGCGACCGCCAGAUUGCGCGGAGCGGCAUGCUCGAAGGCCCUGUUCUUAUCUCACAGUGUCGGCCAGAGACGUCUUUCCGCACUGCGGACAAUACCCCCGGAACCGGGAUUGGCGACGUAAGUGAUUUAUUCCGCGAAGUGGGCGGCAUGCUUCUCGCGGCACAAGAACGUGCCCGCGAAGGCGCAGUCGAGAAGCGACCCGGCGAGGGCAAAUGGUGGACCAUGCAGCCUCGCUUUGGUGGCGCGCCCAACGACGGGAUCCUGGAUGAUCUCGUUAACCACGGGCACGGGAUGUCCCUGCCGGAUUCAAUGAUGGAAGAAAGCACGCCAUCUGCCCAGGAGGCAGGAAGUGCUUCCAAACGUCAUAAGUUCGAGCAUCCAUUCGUCACAUCUCUCUCCCGGAGACCGAGUGCUAUGCGCAGACUUACCACCAGUGAAAAGUGGAAGAUUCUACAGCCUGGGCCUAGUCUUUGGGAUAAGCGGAUGAGCUAUUUGCAGAUAGGCAAGGUCCAGGAGAGUCCCUUUGACGAUAUUUACAUGAUCUCGUCUAUCAACCACCACGUCUCAAUCCUCCACCUCCGCGUCCAUAAGCGGUAUCUGGACAUCCUCACCAACGGGGAAAGCACCUUCCCAGCCACCGAAGGCGAGCCAUGGCAUGUGCUGAAGCUGCAGAGGACUCGAUGGUUCGACCUGUUUGAUACCAACGACCGCAUAGAAGCGCUGAAGGGUGUAUGGCGACUAUUCCACCACCAGCUGAGACAGACACGCCGCGAAGGCGACGUCCCAGUCCCGAUAGAAUUACCCUUAGAGCGUCCAUUAUAG